GUAUAUCGAUAUCAAAUGAAAAGUUGUUGGCAUUUGCACACCUCUAUCGUCAACAAAACAUAUUACUUUUGCAAAAAAAAAAAAAACAAACAAAAACAGUUAAUUUACAAAACUAUGGACAAAAUGGGGCGUUUGAUGACAAAACAUUAAUUAUAUUUACCCAGGCGCUCAAUGAGCACACACCAAUGCACCAAGUAUUCGAGUGACGACGACGCGGAGAUAUUGGAAGAUGCAAUGGAGGAGCUGCAAAUUAAGCUUGAUAAGAUCCUAGAAAACCAAAAUGAGAUUCUCGCGCGCCUUUGUCAGGUGGCUUCCAUCAGGCCCACCGGUGACUUGUGUAAGGCGGAACUAGACUAUUUUCCCGUGUCUGAUCCCGACGAGCUUUCCAAUCUGGAUGCGAAUCUUUCAAAGCCGGACAACAAAUAUGCUCAUAUAAUUCACCGCAUCCUGAGGCCAGAAGGUCGAAUAGAACCGCUGAAAAACAAUUUCUCAAAGAUGUUCAACUACGAUAUACUCAUGGGCUACAACUACGACGGUGUGAGCACUAAGCAGUCAUUUAAGCAAUACAAAUAUAUUAACAAAACUAUUUUUGGGAUCCUGAAAACAGAUGGAUAUACGCAAGCGGACUACGUUGCCGAUAUCAGAGGUGCCUUUCAGACAUUAAAGCGACGUUAUCAUAAAAGAAACCACGACUUGCGAAGGAGGAUUAGACGGACCCAAAAGUGCGAGCCAGAUUCUGAUUGGGAUUAGCCGAUAAGCUGGUAUUAAUGCUGCAUUUCGUUUAUUUGCAACGUUUAUCUCAACGAAAGGAAUAUUAAGCCAAACCGGUUUUGGUUCUCUGCAGUAAGUUGUGUUCUUUCCGCUUUAAUGAGGUUAUUUUCGGCUUGCAUAGCACCUCGAAACGCCAGUCUUUUAAACCGUAACGUUCUGGUCGACAUACCCUUGGAAAAAUAUGGAUCAAAGAUUUCACCAUCUAAUAUGGCUUUUAAGUGGC